CCACUAUAUAAUCCCACUCGUAUCGAGUCAUUUCUUCAUCACACCCACAACACAGUUCGUUAUUAGCGUGCUGAAAAUGGCCUGGUCCUCUUCAUUUUCGAAGGCCAUCUUGACUUUGGCUUGCGUUGUGCUCCUCAUUGGGGGCACGAGUGCCCAACUUUCGAUCUUCUACUACGCCAAAACUUGCCCCCAACUCUUCCCGACGGUGAAGUCAAUCGUGCAUGGAGCGAUUGCCAAAGAGGCCCGCAUGGGUGCCUCGCUCACCCGCUUGUUCUUCCACGAUUGCUUCGUCAACGGUUGCGACGGAUCGAACCUCUUGGACGACACGCCCACUUUCACCGGAGAGAAGAAUGCUGCCCCGAACAAAAAUUCCCUGCGAGGGUUCGAUGUGGUGGACAAGAUUAAGUCCGCGGUAGAGAAAGUGUGCCCCGGCGUCGUCUCGUGUGCUGAUUUGUUGGCGAUUAUCUCCCGAGACUCCGUUGAGACACUGGGAGGGCCAGGGUGGGAUGUCAAGCUGGGAAGGAGAGAUGCGAGAACUGCGAGCCAGGCAGCAGCUAACAACAGCAUCCCUCCUCCAACUAAUAACCUCAACGCUCUCAUUUCCAGCUUCCAAAAUCAUGGCCUUUCUCAAAAGGACCUCGUCGCACUAUACGGAGCACACACAAUUGGGCAAGCGAGAUGCACAAACUUCCGGGCCAGGAUCUACAACGAGAGCAACAUCGACAGCUCAUUUGCCCGAACGACGAAGAGCAACUGCCCACGCAUGACCGGCGUUGGCGAUAACAACCUGGCCGGCCUUGACUUCCAGAGCGCGACAUCGUUCGACAACAACUACUACGUCAACCUCGUCAAGAAACGAGGCCUCCUUCACUCUGACCAACAGCUCUUCAACGGCGGGUCCACCGACUCACUCGUCAGGACUUACGCCAAAAGCCAAGGCACCUUCUUCAAGGACUUUGUGGCCUCCAUGAUCAAUAUGGGCGACAUCAAGCCCCUCACCGGAUCCAACGGCGAGAUCAGGAAGAACUGUAGGAGGAUUAAUUAAUUUGAUGAAUUUUGG